AUGAUCUUCAUAGUAACAAUUAUUUCUAUUUUAACAAUAUCAUCAAGUUUAUCUGAAUUUAUUUCAAUAAAAGAUUCACAAAAUCUUCCACAAGCAAUCAUAAUUGGUGUCAAAAAGUGUGGUACACGAGCUUUAUUAAAAUUUCUCUCAACACAUUCAUCUAUAGCUGCUUCAUCGACAGAAAUACAUUUUUUUGAUUCAUUCAACAAUUUUCAACAUGGUCUUCAAUGGUAUCGAAAACAAAUGCCAAUAACUAAACAUAAUCAAUAUAUAACUAUUGAAAAAACACCAUAUUAUUUUAUUGAUAAAUACACACCAUUACGUAUAGCUAAAGCAUUACCUGAAGUUAAAUUAAUUAUAAUCUUACGAAAUCCAAUUAUACGUGCAAUUAGUGAUUAUGUUCAAAUUAGAAAUCGACAUGAAACUUAUCCCACAUUUGAUGAAUUAAUUUCCUAUACAAAUUUUACUCAAUGGACACCAGUUAAAAUUGGAUGUUAUACGAAGUAUCUAUAUCGUUGGUUAAAAUAUUUCCCAUUGAAACAAAUUCAUUUUGUUAAUGGAGAAAAUUUAAUUCAACGUCCAUGGGAAGAACUGGAAUAUGUACAAAAAUUUUUAAAUAUAUCAAUUAAUAUUCAAGAAAAAGAUUUUUAUUUUAAUUCAAAUAAACAUGGUUUUCCAUGUAUUCGACAAAUAAAUGGAUGUUUAGGUUCAAAUAAAGGUCGACAACAUCCAACUAUUUUAGAAAAAACUCGAGAGAAAUUAAAAGAUUUUUAUUCGAAAUGUAAUGCACAACUUAAACAACUUGCACAGAUCGAUUUUUCUUGGAUUGAAUAA